AGAAAGCAGACUCUCUAGGAAGUCAUAAAGGGAGUUAAAUCCUCCCUCAAUUUAAUAAAGCUGGAGGGCAAGGCAUACUGUUUGUCAUGGGUUUGUCACAAGCUAUAGAAUUACAGCCAGACCCAUCCAGAAGGCUGCCUGUUGAUUUUUCUAGAGCUCCCCAACACGCACUUUUGAGUUAAAAAUGGGCAGGAAAGGGGGGGAAAUGCCUCUGAUUGUAUAUUUCUUUCAAUCCGCUGGAGGAGUCUGACUAGUGACGGGAAAGUAGAAGCGAUCAGGGGAGAAAUUGUUUCAAAUGCAUUCUGAGAGGGGAGAAGAAAUAGAAGCCUACUUUUUAAUCCCAGAUCUUGCUACUCCAGUGAAUGAAGUUCAGAGGAGAACAUAAAAGAAGUAUGAAGCCUGCAGGUACCAGCACAGAGAUUUCCUUGUUCAGCAAUAUCCUAUCAGCAUAUUCCUUCAUCACAGAAAACCCUGAACAAGCUGCCCUCUGUUUUGUGUCUGGGAUUUGCAUUGGACUUCUCUUGACUUUGUUGGCUUUAGUCGUCCAAAUCUCUUGUCAAACUGAUUGCAAACAGUCAUCAACCCAAAGGCCAUCAUGCAACAGUGACGGUAGCUGGAGUGACAGUGACUCAGAUACUACCUCAGAUCUGUCCGUGCGACGGCAACGCCGAUUUGAACGGACUUUGAACAUGAAUGUCUUUACUUCGGCUGAGGAGCUUGAGAGAGCGCAACGGCUGGAGGAAAGGGAGCGCAUCAUCCGAGAGAUAUGGAUGAAUGAGCCAGAUAUUCCAGGAACCAGGAGCCUGAAUCGCUACUAUUGAUGGCAAUAAAUAGGACUGAACUCAUGGGGUCUAUUAAGUCUGAUGGGAAGAGGAAUGAAGUCCUACUCUAGAAAAGCAAUAUUUUUACUUUACCCUUUCAGUCUAAGGACAACCUUUUUCAAUAUUUGGCUCAGGUUGCAAAGUUGGGGGAAAGGGGCGGGUUUGUUUCUUCUCAACGCUUUGGUUGCUACAAAUUGGGAGAGCUAAUGAGUGAUACAUAAAAAGGUUUUCUCCUCUUUUCCUCCCAACUAACUAUUCUAAAGAUAAGUUGCAAAAGGAAGUACUUUCGCUUCUUCUUCUUCUUUAGACUUCACUUUCAAAUUUGGUCCCCAAAAUGACCUCACGAUACAACAUUACUAAACUCCCUGCUCUACUUGAUGUUGCUGUUAAAAAAUGAAUGGGAAACUGGCAUGCUGCAAAGCAAGACAGUGAUCUCCCACAUUUCCCAGAUAAUUUAUAUCCAACAAGGUCUGGGGUCCUCCUAUAGAAAUCAGAGGGGUUCUUUGGAGAUAAAAUUCAAAAUGUUGGUGUUCGUGCUUUGUUUGCUGUCUGCUUUGUGAUUGGCCACAUUCACCAUGGCAUGGCAGCCAUUUUCUAAGAGUGCCUAUCUCUUCCAAAUUUCAGAUGUUUACCCAUUGGGACAAAAAGGUGGAGAACCAUUGUUCCACCAGAUCACUUUUUCCUCCUGCUGUUCAUAGCAGGAAUCAGAGUUCUGUUCCUCCUGUGCAGCUGAUGCCUUCUGGGGAAAGCAGGCAGGGCUCUGAUCAAAUGAAGGAGUGGGGUAUGUCCCUCUCAGCUGUGCUCUAUAAAUCUUCUUCACCCUGCAGAUUUGCUGAAAUUAAGCUAUCCAUCUCCUUAAUUCUGACAAUCACUGUUCUCCCCUGGUUAACCACCAUCUUCACCAACAAUUUUUCUUGAAUUUUUAUUGGAAAUAAAGGGAUAUAUUGUACAAGAUGAAAGGCUCCACUUUAUAUUUGAUGAAAGGCUCACUUUAUAUUUUAGAAAAUGUGAGAUUUAUGGGUGGAAUCUUCCUCCGGGCACAUGUCUAAAAUAUGAAUUUUAACCUGCUUAAUGUUUUAAUAAUAACAAACCUGCUAGAUAUUAUGACUGCCCUUACUAACCAAAAAAGCAGAUCUAAAAUAAAAUAUACAGUUUCUGAGGUCUGUGAGAAGUUAUGGGCAAAGAACAUGAAAAGCCUGGAGCAAUCACUGGCAGCACUUGUUCAAGAGAAAGAAAGAUGGGAAAAUGCUAGCAAGCAUUCAUACUUGCCCAUAAGCUGUAAUUAACAAAGCAUCCAAGCAUGCCUUAAUAGAAGACAAUACCUGAUAAAAGAGACAUAGAAGCAGAAAGGUGAACAAUUAUCUUGUGACUUUGAAAAGUCAUGGCAAUGACCUAAUUUUUCUUUCCUUCCCACAUAUGCUUCAAAACUGGGCAUUUCCACAUUAUGAAAUCAGCUUGCUAGUUGCACAUUCACUAAUACAUUGUGUUAUUUAAGACUGUGUUUUAAAUCUUGCUUCAGUGGCAGCAUCCCCCCCACCCCCCCCACACAACUCAGGGAUGUAAAAUUAUCCUCUCAACUCAAGUUCCUACAUUCCCCCUCCUUGCUGUUGUUUUCUAUUGGGUCUUCUUCCAAUCAAUAAUUUUAUAUUAGUAUAGGAAUUGUGUGAGUUUCAAAUAUAUUGUUAGCAACCUCAAAAUGAUUGUCAGGAUUUUAUGAGUUCCUAUAUGUGUGUAUAUAUAUGCCAUUUGAAAGUACUGAUUAAAAUUGUUUUCUUAUAA